AUGAGUAAACGUUGCUUUUUAUCUACAGCUUUUCAAGAAAUGCUUAACCAAAAUUAUGAGAAUGAAAGGAAAACUAAAGAGGUAAUUUAGAUUGUUUUAUAGAUUGUUUUCAGUGAUGGUCGACAUGAUGUAGCGACAGCAACAAAGCCGGUUUUAAAUUCAAGGCUCACCAUUGAUAUAUUGUAAAAGUGUGGUUUUAGACUACGUAAUUAGGAUUAUACACAUCUCGCUCUGUAAUUGAAUGUAAUUGUAAUGAAGUUUCGAUAUUCGCUUGAUAUAAAAACUUUUACAAAUAUUAUUUUAUUUCCCACGAAGCGGAAAAUGUUAUCAACUUUUAACCUAUAUUAAAACUAUAUCAAUAACAUGUUUUUCUCGCAAAGCACAAUGAAGUUUUCUGAAACCGGACGUCUGGUGAUGUUCGCGUGUUCUCAUAACAGAAUGCCAAAAAAUAUAGGUAGAGUCCAAUCGCCCCUGCAUGCAGUAAUAUCUGAACAAAUUACAGUACUUUACGUCGCAAUGUUUCGAUCCUAUAUAGUAUCUUCUUGUAUACUCGAUGGAUUUGUGCUCCUUUGCUGCCAAUCGUUUAUCUAUAAGACAAUUGCAUUCUAUAAUAUUCCAUAUGACCGUCAUAUAAUUGUCUCUUUCUAGCUUGACUCCUUUACCUUAAUCGAGAUUGGAAAGACGGCAUUGAAGAAUGGCGAACUUCAGAUUGCAGAACAGUCUUUUGGUAAGGCGAUACGAAAGGAGAAGUUGGGAGAACAUCGAACCAAACAAAAUCCUGAGGCUUAUUAUUAUCUGGCAGACGUUUUAGAAAAGAAAGCAGGAAAAGAUGACGUGGAAUUGGGACAAAAACAACGUCUUUUACUCCAAGCAGCAUCACUAUACAACUUUGUAGACAAUUGCUUGAAAUCAGGUUCAGUAGAAGGCGAUUUCGUAGAAAAAACGUCACGGUCACUUCCGUCAAAAUUGAAGGAUGUCGAAGAUAGUCUAGUUUUAAAUAUUGGAGGCAAUCCUGCUCGUUGUCACUUCAAUUGUGAAACCAAGAGAAAUGAUUUAAAUCAAUUACGUGAUGAGGUCAAGAGCAUUUUAAUUUCGUUAGAUCGAAGAUUUGAUGACAAAAAUGAAACAAAUGAAAACCUCCUUCGAGAUGUUUUUGUUGAACAAACCGAAGAUAUCAAUGAAUUGUGCCGAAUGAUAUCAUCACGAAUCAAACAAUUGUUUUCUCAAAUUGUCAAAGAGUGUUUGGAGAUUCUUGGAAAACCACCAUGCGAAUAUGAAGUUGUGGUUCUUGGAUCUCUGGCACGAGACGAGAUGACACCAUAUUCAGAUCUUGAAUGGGCAAUUUUGAUAACUUCUGAAGAGGAGAAAUGCAAGAUUUUCUUUCGUAAUUUAACGAACCUGGUUCAUUUACAGGUAAGUACAGCUUUUGAAAAAGUGGAAGAACCAUACUUCAUAGUUAGCAUGAAAGGGAUUUAAAUUAUUCAGGUGGAAAAGUCUCAGUUUGCAGGUGUUAGUUCCAUUUUUUAAUUCGCGAUUUUAAAUGUACUAAAUUUGGUUUAAACAUUGCAACUUUCAAUGAAGCCUCGUUCUCAAGUUAUUGCCUGUGGGCAUUUGGCCUGUGGCUAUAGCCUGUGGGCAUUUGAAAAUGGUCUAGUUGAUUGGUUAUGUGUUUGAGAUAAUUUUAAAUAAUAAAAAUGGAACUGCUCUCCCUAAGGGACUCUUUGAUUUACAAAUUACAGUAUCUUAGGGAAGCAUGCCUUUGGGCCCUGCUUUAACUGUACCAUUAUGGAACUAAAGAAGAGUGAAUGUUCUUCGCCCUCGCCUCGUAAUUCUCCGGGAGAGCAGUUAUUCGGAAUAACGUUUUCCCAAUAUAUUAAACUCACAAGAGUACUAAUCCCAUACUCUUUUAAGACAUUUUCAAAUAUGUUUCCUUAACAGAUCAUCAAUCUUGGAGAGACAAUUUUACCAAGUAUGGGUAUUGAAGUGCUUAACGGAGAUUGGUUUUUUGACGAUAUUACUCCACGUGGUAUCUCGUUUGAUGGUUUUCUUCCUCAGGCAUGUAAGACACCGUUGGGGAACAUGAAAGAUUUUGAACUUAUCCAUACUCCAAUUACAAUGGCUAAUUUUCAAACAAGUGAAAUGCAUGAGAAAAAUCCGGGCCUAGCUGAAAUUCUUUUAACUGUCGCACCUCUCCAAUCCCCUAAAGAAGCUUUAUUCACCGAAUACAAAAUUGCCUUGGGAAACGAAUUGUGUAAGCCCUGCACAACUGAUGCCUGCCAUCAUGGAACACUAGUUACCCAAGCGGAGUGCCGAGCCAUAAAUAUCCUUCGGAAAGACGUUUCUCGUUAUGAAGAGUUAAUCACAGGACGCAACCCUUUCGACGAUGGAAAGUUGUACGACGUUAAAAAAGAAAUUUACCGUUUAACAGAUCGCGUGAUUGCAGGGCUUGCAAAAUGUUUCGGAAGUAAAAAAAGUGGAUCGUUUGAAAUCCUCGACGAACUCCAUCAAAAAGGAGUGCUUUCUUCAAUUGCCCGGGAGAACAUAGCAAGCGCUGCAGCUGUUGCAUUAAAGCUACGAAAUAUAACGUAUUUAGAAGCUGGAAAACAGGGAGAACAAAUAAACACCAACAGAGAUGAAAAGAAGAAUGAACCAGUUUACAAUAUGCCUAAAGAAAAAGAACUAUUCCAUUUUUUCUAUGUUACCAUUCCUUUGUAUGAUAAACUUCACCAAGUUUGCGAUCAAAACGAUCUUGAUUCCAUCUCCCAAGAAUUGUUCUUCGAUUAUUCUGACAAAGUAAAGGGGGAUAUAUAUUGCCGUUUGUUAAAAUACACCAGAGCUCUACAGUGUUACGACCAAGCUGUCGCAGUAAACCCGGGAGAUGUAAAGUUGCAGUUGUGUCGAUUUAGAGUUAAGUUUGUUGCAGAUAAUAAUUGUGAUAGUUCUUCCUCGAAAUGCGAACUAGAUGCCCUGCGUUUUUUGAUGUGCAAAAAAUACAAUCUUCCUGAAAAUAUUGAAUUGUUAAGUCACGCACUCUCUGAAUCAGAUUGCGAUAUAACGAAGGCAGACAAAGGGUUGAUUUUUGAAAUUUUAAUGCAAACGUCUCAUGUUCAUAUCCUAGAAGGUAACUUUGAGUUAGCUCGUGAAUUUAUUCAUCAAUGUCUAAUUGCAAAAAAUCUACUUGAUAUGGACGACUUGCAAACGUUAAUAGCGCGGACGCUGUGUUUGCAAAUACCCACAGUUAGACGUGAAUUAAAAAUUCAGGAAUUCGACAGCAUUAUUCGUUUAUUAACACGUUUCAUAGAAGACGAAGGUGUUAGUACAAAAGGCUAUAUUUUGCUCAACGAACUUGGUCAAAUCUUCCUAUUGCAAAAAAAUUACGACACAGCUUAUCAAUGUCUUAUGCGUGCGUUCUCCAUGGGGCUUCAUAUUUUUAGCAAGAAUGCAAAUUUUCUCAUGCUUCAAACAACAAUGUCGUUGGGUCAAGCUUCGUUAUCUUUGCUCAUGUACGACGAAAGCAGAUUUUACUUCGAACAAACUCUUCAAAUGUUCUCAUCUUGUGGAACAGCUUUGCAUGUGAUAGAAGGUGCUCUUCAUUUAAUGAUCGCAGAUGUAUGCAAUAUUACUAGUGACUAUUACAACGCUUUGUCACAUCUUCAGGAAUGCUUAGAGUCGUCAAGUGGAACAAGUCCGCACAAUACUGCUCUAGCACAUUGUAGUUUAGCUACCACAUGGUCUAGAUUAGGCGAAAGUGAAAAAGCUUGCAAGUCUGCGUUUGAUGCUAAAGAUUGUCUCCAAAAUAUCGUUGAUAUGGAAGCAAAAGCAAUGAUAGCGUGCGCAGUCGCUCAAACACUUGUCGAAGUGAAAAGAAGUGAAGAAGCAAUUUCUUUCCUAAAAGAGGAACUUCUUGCCCUCGAUCCUUCAAACUGCGAUUCUGAUCUUAGAGCGUUUUAUCUCCACACUCUCGCUCAAAUGUGCCAUGAAGAAGAAUUAACGUCCGAAGCUCUGCAUUACUACACUGAAUGUUUGGAAAUCUUAAACAUCAAGAAAGUUAACAUAUCUGGCAUUUUGAAUGCCCACUUGGCUAUUGCGAACAUCUUACACCUAACAGGCGCGCUAUCUGAAGCAAACUCGCAAUUAAACGAGGGAUGGAACCAUGUUUUAUCUAUGAGUGACAGUGAUGAAAAGAACGAAUUUAUGAAGAAGUUUGCCGAUUGUUGGGAAGAGAUGGGGAACAUUCGAGAAGCUCAAAAAUGUUACAGUGAAGUGCUCACUGCUCUAAGGUUCACGCACACAAGAAAGGUUCCAUUGUUUGAAUUUGAAUUGAUGGUAAAAUUAGGUGACCUUGCCAAGAUUGCGUCCAACGAAAAAGCAAGUUAUUUGUCGGCAGAACAACGCCAAAAGGCACAACGACUCCAUUAUGACAAGGCUGCCGCAAUGUUACGACGACAUUCAGCUUCGGGCAACUUUAAUUCGUCAACCAUUCUUCUUUUUACUUUGCUUGCUCACAAAUAUCGAUCGAUUGAUGUAUUUGAACAAGAAAAACUUUUGCUUGAAGCUUUACAAAUGUGUGAUGUAGUCUACCCGCGAAACGGAGUAUCUGAGAUAACUGUUGAUAUACUAUGUGAUCUAUCAGAUAUAUACUGGGAUCGAUCAAAUAUGUCAAAAUCUUCUGAUUACUACAUACCUGCAUUCAGAAUGGAAAUGGAAUUGCAUUCAUCAGAUCCAUAUCACCAACACAUCACGAUGAAGGUCCCAAUAUUAGCAAGCCUUCUUUUUGCGGAUUCAGAAAACAAAGAGAUUAGGAGUUUUGUCAAGCAAGUUGUCAAGUUCAUUGAAAGUGCACAAGGCCAAAUAGUUACCCACGAGCAAAAAGCCAAUUCUGCUAAUUCUUUUACAUCUCUGUCUUAUUUGUUCAUCUGUUUAGGCGAUCUGGCAAGGUCGAGGCUAUUUUACCAAAAGGCAAAUGAAAUUUUUGACAAACUAGAAAAAGGCAGACCUCCCAAUGACAAUACUUCUGACACAGCAAUCAAGGAAGUCAUUGGGAAAAUAUUGGAUAUAUUUCCAGAAUCCCCAGACUCAGAUGCACGUUUUUCUCAACUGUUUUCAAGUGGCCUCGUAGCAAGUUAUUUUCGUUCAAUGAAUGUAUCACCUUCAACAUCGAAAGAAGUGAGAAAAAUGCCCAAGUUUUCUGAACUAAGUUCAGCGUUUAAUUCUUUGAAAAUGACUGCGCCAAUCGAAUCACGCACACAUGGCAAUGACGCACGCGAUACCACAGUAAGAGAUAAUUUAUUGUCAACAAGCUAUCCUUUUCGUUCUGAAUCAAAUGAACUUGAAAAAUUGGGUCUAGUUGCCAAAUUUGAAACGGAUGAUUUCGAUAAUCAAAGUGGCUCAACCCAGAAACGACAAGAAAACAGAAAACUGGAAUCUGGCAAACAGGUGGACAUCAAUCAGGUCACUAAGCAAACUGGUGAGAAAUUGAAGCCAAGUUCGCUUUGCGGACAAGGUACGACGAAACAAUCAAUUGCUGAUGGUGACGAUAAAGAAUUACCAGAUCCUUUGACCAUUAUUUCUGGAUUAAAUGUGCUUGGUGAUUCUGUAAAAUAUGAUCUUCACUCAGGCAACUUGAAUCAAGCAAAGGAGACGAUGGAAUCUUUUCAUCAUUUGUUGGAGCCAGCUUUGGACAAGUACUGUCCUAAUCCAGCUGACGUUUUCAUUAGUGAGGCUCUUCGGUGCAAGGAAGAGAAGAGAAUGGAUUUGAUGCCCCCAUAUUUAGAGCUAUCUGCUCAGUUUACGUCUGAUAACAAGAAAAAGGCAGAAAUAUCCAAGUUGAUGGCAGAAUCCCACUUUAAUAGCAGAAAGUAUAAAAUGGCAACAAUCCAGUUUGUUGAAGCUGCAACUUAUUACUCCUGUCAUACUGAUACCGAUAGUGUGGUGGAUUACUUAGAAAUUUUGUCGGGGCUAACCAGAAGCCACAUGCGUUGCAAUGAUUUGGAAGACGCGCGGCGUGUUUGUGAAGAAGCAAUCGAGUUCACAUCUAGGUUAGAAUGUGGUUUGUUGAAGUUACAAUAUGAGGCAGAAUUCUUGUAUUUAGUAGUAACUUGUCUUAUGCGGUUGGCUAAGAUGAACAAGCAAACUGAAAACAAGGCUUUGGAAAAUGUGGCAUCCUAUUGUCGAAGAGGAAUCUAUGUAAUCGAAACCGCAGAACAACAGUUGGGGUCGAGCGAUGUAGUAGACGAACUUACUGGAGAUGUGCGGGGAAAAUUGUUUGCUUUCAAAUGUGAAAUUCAACUUUUGCUAGCCAAAUCAUAUUUGCAACUCGGAAGGAAUGAACUAGCUGAUACUAUUGUGAAAGAAAUGAGCGAAUUUCUACAAAAUAUUUCUGUCGUUGUUGAGAUGUUUUCUGAAGAAACCUGGCCAGGAGAUAAGAGUGAUUUUUCGAAAAUUCGCCGACGCAUGUUUUCCUGGAUUGGUCGUGCUCAGAUUUUGUCCGGCAGAACAGAACAUGCAAUUGGUUCACUUGAAGAAUCACUUUUGUUGUUUUUAUCAAAUGAUAACGUAGUUAAUGUUGAACAAGAGGAGUUUAUUGAUUUAUUGGAUGCAUUCACAGCUACCAAGAAAGUGAAGAACGAGAGCGAAAUCACGUCUUUUUAUCAAACUGUUCAAUUCUGUAAAGAGAAAUUCCAAGAAAAAAACAGUCAUGUUGAAGAACUCCUGACAUUUCUCCAAACUUUAGCAAGCUAUUACGUCGAAUGUGAGCGAACAGAAGAAGCGAUUGUUGUGUACGAAAUUAUGUUACCGGUAACCGAGUGCAUGGGAAGUUCGAUAGGGGAACGAUAUGGCCAUUCGCAGAUAUUACUGUCCUUAGGUAAUUGCCACCAGCGACAAGCUCUUGAACGUACGGGAAAAGGAACCAUCGAGGAGCGUCGUUUAGCUGAAAAAUGUUAUCAGAUGAAGCUGCAAACAAACGAGCCUGCUACACUUCUUAGAAAAGUUAAAUAUUUGGAGAUGCUAACUGCAGAAAACCGUCUUGAAGAGGCUAGUGGUAUUAUCGCUCAGAUAUUUGAAGUUGGAGACAAGAUAUGGGAUAUGAUGGUAAUAUUUCCGUACUCAUCACGCGAUCCUUGCGUUCAGAGUUACCUUUCAGAUCACGGCGAAGUCGCUACGACUGUGGGGUGCUGUGUUUACAGCACGCUUUUGCGCGUAUUUCUUGAGAUGGGAAAGAAAAAAGAAGCAGUAGAAACUUGUGAAGAACUAUCAAAACAAGGUCACGAUGUUGGCUUUUUGUUCAAGCGUCCUUCUUUCAUGUCAUAUCUUCUUGCUUACUGCCACAAAAUGUUGGUUUCGUCCCUUGAGAAGAAAGGCAACUUGCACUUUCAAGAUUCGGAUUUUCCGCUCUCGGACAAAAACGUCGCGCAAGUGUACUACGAAAUGGGUGAAUACGAGGUAGCGCUAGAAUACUGCAAGAAAGCUUUGUCGUCUGUUGGUUCUUCGCCUAGUGCAGUUCCUCAAGAUAUGGAUUUAGUUCAAAUGAAGCUUGAUUGUUUGCGCCUUGCUGGAAAUGCGUUGGUGUUGCUCGGAAAAGGAAACUAUGCCUAUUCAUAUUAUAUUUCGUUUCUGGAAUUGCUCGAAGCUCAUGAUGGGAUGUUGAAAAAAUCGUUUGAAAAUCAACAGAUUAUUCUUGGCAAGUACGAUUUUGCCAGUCUAUAUUUCGUGUACCGUUCCUUAGGGAUUCUGCUCUGCAGAGCUGGACAUGUUGAUGGGACAAUAAAAGUUUACGAAUAUUGCACUAAAAUCUUAAAUGCUGAUUACCAAUAUGGUCAUGAUUUAGUGGCAACACUGGCUGAGCUUUACCAAACCAAGGCUUUUGCGACAUUAGAUGACGACGAAACAGCGUACUCAAUGUGGCUUAAUAAAGCAAAAACAUGCUUUGAAAAUUACUUUGAAACAGAAGAUAAUCCGGAUCCAUUCGUAGAAACAGCAUUUGGAGCGCUCUUAUACCGGCUAGAAGAACACCAUAAAGCAAUUUUUCAUUUGGAAAACGUCAUUCAGAGAAAUGAUAAAACGAUAGUGAAGUUCAAUAGAGAAGACAUACCUUUGGUUGGUGUUCAUCUUGCACGAGAAAUUGAAGCGAGAAAAGAAAUUUUUCUGCCAUUGAAUAUUUAUGCGCGCCUCGUUGCAGCUUCUCUUUAUAGAAAGUUAAACAAGACUGACAAGGCCGAACAAGUUGUUUGUAAGAUGGAAAAUCUAUGCUCUGGGCUCAAGUCCGAUCCAAAUUACCCUUUAAUUCUUUCAGUCUUGGGUUAUGCACACAAAGAUAUUGGUAACGAUGAUAAAGCAGCCGAAAUAUUCCGAAGCGUGCUUGACGUGCAACCUGGUCAUAUUCCUGUGACAAUCGCACUGCAGAACUGUUUGUCUGCUGAUAAACAUGAGUCGAGCUAUUAAAUGUUAUAAUGUACCUUGACGUUUGUAUAUAAUUCAAUCAAUAUGAUGGAUACAAUGGACGAUUGACAUAAUGUGCCUUUAAAAGACGAUGCCUGCCAUUAUUGAUUUUUUAUAUUAGAUUAGUUGAAUUUUGUGUGUUUGGGCCAUAGAUUACUAACAAAACUUUCAAGAAAUAAAUGUACGCAACUUCACGCGACUUAUAGCGAUUGUUCACCCCAGUCGUCCCAAACGCAGCCUCAAAACAAUGUGAACGAAGGUCAAUGAAAAAUGAAGUGAUUCUGAUUCCAGAUGCAUACGGAUGCUUACCUACGGCUGUUCCGUUUCCAUAAAUGAACUCCCUGUCAGACGUGAAAUUCCAAAUUUAUUUUUAGAGCUGCAGCACGGAUAAAAUAUUAAAAAAACAUUUCACCACAGUCCGGUAGCUGGCGACAGCUGCAAAAUGCGCAGAGCCAAAUGGUCCUGACCUCACAUAGCCAUGACGCAGACCCAAAUGGUCCUGACCUCACAUAAUGAUCACAAUUUUUCAUCACUUCAUUUCACAUCAGCGAACGUCGGUUUUGUGCCAUCAUAUUACGCACAGGAAAUAUUGACCAUUUUUGCCUUCCUCCUUAAUCCAGUGGUAGAUUCAUGGCAAGAUGUAUUUCUGAAAGUUUGCCUGUUUAAUUGCCACCAAGCAAAGCAAAUGAAGUUCAAUGGUAAUUUGUUUAUUUCAGCGUUCGGUAUAGACUUCUUGGCGAACGUACUUACUUAAACCCUGAAAAUGGAAUUCUGGACGAACCUACUUGCACCAAGUAGUCCACCCUCAGUGGAUCAAAAAAGGUUAUCGACAAUCCUCCUUGAACGCACGAAAUUCUGGGCCGCUCUCCUCC